GACGGCCUCAGCUGUUCCCAGCUAAGCAGCGCCCCGCGACGCACCGUGGCACUUCAACUUCUGCUAACUUGGAGGGGAUCUGCGGGAGCCUCCAUUCACCCCCACUUCUGGGGUCACUUCCGCAGGCCAAGGUCAGACGGGCUUUGCCGGGUGGCCCCACUGCCUGUUCCUUCCUUAACUGGGGGCUGAUGCCCCAGAAUCCUCAGGAAAAGAGCCAGGCCUACCCCCGCCGCCGCCCUGGGACCCACACAGGUCGUAAGAGCCCCGAGGCCGUCGCAGCUGCAACCAUGUACACCUUCUUGCCUGACAACUUCUCGCCUACCAAGCCCAAACCGUCCAAAGAGCUGAAGCCGCUGCUGGGCUCCGCAGUGCUGGGGCUGCUGCUGGUGUUGGCCGCGGUGGUGGCCUGGUGCUACUACAGCGCCUCUCUACGCAAGGCGGAACGCCUGCGCGCCGAGCUGCUGGACCUCAACCGCGGCGGCUUCUCCAUUCGCAACCAGAAGGGCGAGCAGGUCUUCCGCCUGGCCUUCCGCUCGGGCGCAUUGGACCUCGAUUCCUGCAGCCGCGACGGCGCCCGGCUUGCCUGCUCUCGCACAGCAGAUGGGCGCCCGCUGCACUUCUUCAUCCAGACUGUGCGGCCCAAGGACACGGUCAUGUGCUACCGCGUGCGCUGGGAGGAGGAGGCGCCGGGGCGCGCGGUGGAGCACGCCAUGUUUCUGGGAGACGCGGGGGCGCACUGGUACGGCGGCGCGGAGAUGAAGACCCAGCACUGGCCCAUCCGCCUGGACGGCCAGCAAGAGCCUCAGCCCUUUGUCACCAGCGACGUCUACUCUUCCGACGCCGCAUUUGGAGGCAUCCUCGAGCGCUACUGGCUGUCAUCGCGCGCGGCUGCCAUCAAGGUCAACGACUCAGUGCCCUUCCACCUGGGCUGGAACAGCACGGAGCGCUCUCUGCGGCUGCAGGCACGCUACCACGACACGCCCUACAAGCCGCCCGCCGGCCGCGCUGCUGCGCCCGAGCUCAGCUACCGCGUGUGCGUCGGCUCCGAUGUCACUUCCAUCCACAAGUACAUGGUGCGGCGCUAUUUCAACAAGCCAUCGAGGGUGCCAGCGCCUGAGGCCUUCCGGGACCCUAUCUGGUCCACGUGGGUGCUGUACGGGCGCUCGGUGAACCAGGACAAGGUGCAGCGUUUCGCUCAGCAAAUACGCCAGCACCGCUUCAACAGCAGCCAUCUGGAAAUCGACGACAUGUACACGCCUGCCUAUGGCGACUUCGACUUCGACGAGACCAAGUUUCCCAACGCCAGCGACAUGUUCCGCCGCCUGCGCGACGCUGGCUUUCGCGUCACGCUCUGGGUGCACCCGUUUGUCAACUACAACUCAUCGUGCUUUGGCGAAGGCGUGGAGCGCGAGCUGUUUGUGCGUGAACCCACGGGCCGUCUGCCUGCUCUCGUGCGCUGGUGGAAUGGCAUCGGCGCCGUGCUCGACUUCACGCGCCCGGAGGCCCGCGACUGGUUUCAGGGGCAUCUGCGGCGACUGCGUUCGCGCUACGCCGUGGCCUCCUUCAAGUUCGACGCUGGAGAGGUCAGCUAUUUGCCGCGGGAUUUCAGCACCUACAGGCCGCUGUCCGACCCCAACAUAUGGAGCCGGCGCUACACAGAGAUGGCGCUGCCUUUCUUCUCACUGGCCGAGGUCCGUGUGGGCUACCAGUCACAGAACAUCUCGUGCUUCUUCCGCCUGGUGGACCGCGACUCGGUGUGGGGCUACGAUCUGGGGCUGCGCUCGCUCAUCCCCGCCGUGCUCACUGUCAGCAUGCUCGGCUACCCAUUCAUCCUGCCCGAUAUGGUGGGUGGCAACGCGGUGUCUGAGCGCACAGUGAGCGGCGGCGAUGUGCCCGAGCGCGAGCUCUACGUGCGCUGGCUGGAAGUAGCCGCCUUCAUGCCAGCUAUGCAGUUCUCCAUUCCACCCUGGCGGUACGACGCCGAAGUGGUGGCCAUCGCGCACAAGUUCACUGCACUGAGGGCCUCACUCGUGGCGCCGCUGUUGCUUGAGCUGGCUGGUGAGGUCACUGACACGGGAGACCCCAUCGUGCGCCCCCUCUGGUGGAUCGCGCCCGGCGACGAGACGGCGCACCGCAUCGACUCACAGUUCCUUAUCGGAGACACACUGCUUGUGGCGCCGGUACUGGAGCCAGGCAAGCAGGAGCGGGACGUCUACCUGCCCGCAGGCAAGUGGCGCAGCUAUAAGGCACUCUAUGAAUCAGCUAAACCCUGGCCAAGCCCUCUCUCUAAGACCAAGAUGUGAAUUUUCUGGGAGGAUCUUUGCUCUUGUUCCCCCAGAUAUGGACAAAGUAUCCCUCACCCUGGUUGGCUACAGAGCAAGUAAGUCUUCUUUUGUUGUCCCUCACCAAGAUUUCUGGUCCCUUCACUCUUCCUCAAGUCCAAGGCCAAUGUUGACCUCUCAUCCCCUGGCCACUACCCCAUGUCAGAUCUUAUCAGUUCUAGCCUGGACCAUUGCAGUGGACUCCUAAUCUUUCUACUCUUGAACCCUUCAAUUCAAUUCACAUAGCAGCCAAGGAAAUCUUUCUGAAAUUCGAUCAGGUCAUUUAGGAAAAAAAUUCAAGCUCUGAUGUUCAAGACCUCUAAGAUCUAAAUCCUUCUCUCCCCUCCCCUAAUGGGUGAGGGGGGUCAAAAGGUACAAAUUUUCAGUUAUAAAAUAAAUAAGUCAGGGGGGUGUAAUGUACAGCAUGGUGGCUAUAGUUAAUAAUACUGUAAUGCAUAUUUCAAAGGUAGGAGAGUGGAUCUUGAAUGGGCUCAUUACAAGAAAAUAAUUUUUUUAUAACUGUAUAUUGUGAUGGCUGUUAACUGGACUUACUGUGGUGAUCAUUUAGCAAUAUAUACAAAUAUCGAAUAGGGGAGAUCUAAAUCCACUUCUGCUUCUGUUUUGCUCACACACACAUACUUAUGAGCAUAUUCUGAAAAGCAUUUGAAGAAGUACUCCCUACCUUCUGUUCUGGGAACAGCUGCACAGCCCAUCCCUGCAAGGGGAGGCCUGCCCAGACCCAGCCUUGAAGAAAACCACAGGGGCAACUGGGUGAUUUCCUUUCCUGCCAUUGUCCGACUCAGUGGGACUUCUGCUGACACCCUCCCCUCUCUGGUACACACCCCAGCUCCCAAGGAGCAACAUGGCUUUUAUCUUCAGGCUGGCCAUUUACUUUAUCAUGCCCAAGGAUCUUUCCAGCAGCUUGAGGGGAGGAGAGAAUUUUUUUUCAAUGUACUUUACCAUUUUAAUGGACUAUAGGGGAAAAGAGAGACUGAAUUUUUUUUUAAUUGAGGGGUCAGUGACAUAACAUUAUAUUAGUUUCAGGUAUACAACAUAAAUGAUUCGAUAUUUGUAUAUAUUGCUAAAUGAUCACCACAGCAAGUCCAGUUAACAGCCAUCACCAUACACAGUUACAAAUUUUUUUCUUGUAAUGAGACCCUUCAAGAUCCACUCUCCUACCUUUGAAAUAUGCACUACAGUAUUAUUAACUAUAGUCACCAUGCUGUACAUUACACCCCCAUGACUUAUUCAUUUUAUAACUGAAAAUUUGUACCUUUUGACGCCCCUCACCCAUUAGAGGAAGGGAGAAUUCUUGGCCUUAUGAGACAAG